AUGCAUCUAAUAACGUUGAUUAUCUAUGCGAUAUUUUUCUGCGGUUCGAAUGUUGAAUUAAGAAGAUUCGAUAAGCAUUUUCGAUUUUAUGUUCAAAAUGUUGCAAGUCGAUUUCAUGCGAAUUGGAGGAAAAGUUUCCUAGAGAAAAAUCCGUUUGUGAGAAAUCGUUUCAAAUUAACCAAAAGUCGAACGAAUUACAACUCUUCGGAUUUUGUUUAUCCAAUGAUUCUUACUGUGGGUUCAUGUCUUGUUCAUCGAAAUCUCAAAGUUGCACAAUCUCGGUUGAAUUCUUCUUUGCUUUAUGUUGAUAUCUUAAACAUGAAUUACAACGAAUUACCAUCGGAUUGGGCAUCGGAAAAUCGCGCGACCGCACGAAUCGCUUGUAGAUAUGUUCUACAAGGUCUUCGUCGCAAACGUCUAUUUAGUCAAAAUUACAUCGACGAGAUUUCAGAAAUCAUUCACAUUCAAUGGAUGAAACGAAACGGUGAAUAUGCAUCAAAAGAUUUAAUGGUACCUUUUAGAAAUUUAACUGAAAUUGAAAAAGAUAAAGACCGAAAAGCGGUUUUGAUCGCUUGUAUAACCUUCAACGAACAUUUUUUGUAUCAUCGAUUUAAUUCAACUCCGGUUCACUUUUUUGGAUAUAUUAUUGAAUAA